CCCGAGUCUCCAACGUGGUCUGUGAAAUCAUUACUGUUACCUCCAGCCAAAUAUAAAGGAGAUAUUAAUGUUCAGGAUCAGCAAGAAGUAAAAAUCACACAACACGAAUUUCUAAGCUUAUUAAAAAUGGCAAGAUUACAAUUCUCAAAUUCAUCUAUACUUAAUGAUAAUUCAUUUAACAACAAAAAGUCAGAUGUAAAGGUAGAAAAUAACAAAACAUCAAAUCCUCAGAUAGAAUUAAAUAAAGAUAUAAGUAUCUUGUGCAAUUUUGUAAGGCAUGUACAAAGUGUUGAUGUUUCUAAUAUAGAACCACUAAGAAGUUUUUGGACCACAGAAGUUGAAAUUGGAUUGAGAAAUGAAGAUGUAACGAAUAUAUGUGAUCUUGGGAAGGUUGAUGAAAAUGAAAGGGACAUGAGAGAUUAUGAUGAGAUUAAAAAAGAAAACAUAUUACUGAAGA